AUGGCUUUACUUUUGCAAGGUUUUGUGAACGGCCAGGAAUACAGGCCAGGUGAAAGUAAGUGCAGAGUUAACAAUAAAUAAUACCAGACCGCUUACAAAUUAACUUUACUGCAUAACUCUGUAGCAAUUCGAAACUGCUGUUCUGGAAACCACCCGUAAUGGUCCAGACAUCAUGCAGUGUUACUAUACAGAGAAAAACCUGAACUAACUUUAUCCACACUGGAUAGCUCCAUCUCCCCCACCAGAUGAUCUUGAUACGCGGAAAAGUACUGGCACUAGUUGUCAAAUAGAAAUCCAUUUUAUGAUUAAAACAACGGAAUAUCUCCUGUAAUAUACUUUAUUUCGAUUCCAUAUUUUUGUCAGAGCUAUAGUUCUCAUAACCAAACAUAAUUACAAAAUUUCAACUAGUUUCAUAAAGAAUAACGAAAGAUAUAAUUGACUGAAUACAUCAAAAUGGAUUUCUAUUCGGACAACCCUUUCUGAGCGCUGAUUGGCUAAAAUACGAACUCGAGAUCACCUGGCAGAGGUCCAGUAAGGAUAACAACACAUGAACUUGUAGUUAAUUCUUGUCAACUGGACUCUGUAGCUCACUUGGUUAGAGCGCUGCACCAGAACAGCAGGGCCCCAGGUUCGAUUCCUACAAGAGGGAUUAUAAUUGCAUUUUCCGCAGCUGCCCUGGUUAGGUGUGAAAAUUGUAUAUAACCUUGCCCUCGAAUUUUCCAUAUAUUAUAUACCAUCUAUAAAAACCCUCACACUGGAAGUAUUCUUCUCACAUACGAGGUAAAAUUAUACAGACGACUCUAUAUGUUGCAGGAAUCGAACCUCGCUAGACACAUAUACUGACCACUGUUAUCUAUAUUUCCAAUAUUGUGUAAUGGUCAAUCAUGAGUAAUGCAUGGAAACUGCCUAGGUAACAAAUUUCUAAAUUUUAAUUUUUAGACUCAGAUGGUGGUUUGUAUGAGGAAGUCGUGUCAAUUUACAACGAAGAUUUUACAACGCCUGAGUCAAGAGAACCGUACUUUAUCAAAGUACAUCGCUGCAUCAUCCCUUGUUGGCACAGUUCCAUUGAAAUGCCCGUUGCUUUAACACAGAAAGAAAUAGAAAUUGUAGCAGCAGAUAUCAACAAUCAAACAAAAUUUUAUAAAUAUGUCGUGUACGACCAUAUUUCGUGCAAAUGUCAUGAUGUUACACAGAAUAUUGAGAUUAACAAAUUGCACAAGACUGAUCUUGUUUCUAGCGAAGGUAAGCGUUUUGAUUUAUUCCAACUAAUUGCAGUUAGUUUGUUACCGUCAUCAACCUUGUAACAAAAUGACAACAACUUGUUCAAGACGUACAACAACUGGGAACAAGCAGUGCGAACACCUCCUGAUAUCGGCUUCACAACAACAUUGUUACAACGUGAAAUAAAAUAAAAUAUAAUAUAUAUUAACCUGGCAGAGAAGUGAACUAUAAAUUUUGUUCUAUUUAGUGAACGAAACUGAAUUCAAGGCAAAACUACCUAACAAUCCAGAGAAUCUGAGAAAUUGCAGCCCAUCAUCAUUCUGUAGCAAGCCUCAACCGCGCCAUAAGCUUAAUCCCUAUAGCGGACUGACCGCGAUUGUCCAAGAUCAGCGGUAUAUCUCCUUUAAUCAAUGCUUGCCUGGCUGUAUUGCUACCAGAAAGAAUAAGGACAUGAAAACGAUGCCGUUCUCGGGCGCUGAUAAACAUAUAUCGAUCAAAACCGACACGGAUUGUUGGCCGUAUACAAAGUCAACCCAAAGACAAUCUCAAAAACAAUCAAGAGUGACGAAGCCCAGCCUGGCGAGUGUUAACAACCUAAAUACAACGUAUCCAUCAUCUUACAACCUAAAUACAACGUAUCCAUCAUCUUCAAAGAUUAAAGAGACGCUGGAUUCAGGUAAACACCAUGUUUUAGAAUGUGAAUACGCUACUUUUCAAUAAAAUUUAAUUAUAACGCGUAAAAACGAACAACCUGUUCCCGGUUGAUAUCGACAGGCUUGGACAAAAUUGCAUGCUGCACCCUGAGAAAAAGUCGAGCAAUGAUGUAACAACAUUGUUACGCCAGACCAAUGAUGUAACAACAUUGUUACAACUGAGCAAUGAUGUAACAACAUUGUUACAACUGACCAAUGAUGUAACAACAUUGUUGACAAUUCUGUGGGUGCAGCAACUGGAUAUCAACUGGAAACAGGUUCAGUGGUUUAGAACUGAUAAAACUAUCCAGCAUAAAUAAAGUUAGUUUAGAUUAGUUUUUAUACUGUAUCAUUCCUGAGAUUAAUGCUUAGCAACUAUAACCUAACAUUACUUUUCCAAUUUCAUUUCAGAGUCAGAAAGCGGUGUAUUGAUUUAUAUUGCUUCACCGAAAGUAUUCCUGGUCGCGCUUGUUCUAUCUUUGAUACUGGUGUCGAUAUUAAUUGUGGAUUUCAACCUCUGCCACCGCAAGAAAGGAAUAAUGUAUUCAGUACUGAGCUGUAGAACGGACAUGAAAGAUAACGCAUGCUAUGAUUGUGCUGAACGACAGAAGAAAAUCACUGAAAUUGUUUAA